UCGUCAGUCAGUCGUACGGACGCGCGAUUCACGUUUCAUGUUCAGUUUCGGAUGCGUGGACCAAGCAAAAUCGUCGAUGAUCGUACGUUUAACUGUGAUACUACUUGACGAGAGAACUACGUUUCGUAUGCGAUCGACUAGUGGUGUCUCGUGGUGUGACGGUUUCUGCUAAGGUCGCAGUGGCACAUUUCACUAUGUCGCAAGUGCUCUGGCUGCAAAAGGCGCAGUGACGACUCGCCCGUGAGCCUGCCGACAUCCUCGACGGCCCCGCGAUGGAGUCUAUCAGAAAAUGGUUCUACAGACCUAAGAGAGACGACACGAGUUUACUCGCUCAGUUUUUCUACGCGGACGAGUCCCUGAACGCCGUCGCCUGCGAGCUGGAUUCCUUCGAUGGCAGACAGGAGCCAGAGAGAUGCACCACGCUGGUGAAUCAGCUUCGCCAUUGUCAGGACAAGGUGCUGACGAUAUGCAGCCAGAUAAUGGACGACCUGAUACCGGAGAGCAGGGCGAAUCGGGAUUUCAGGGUGAAGUUCCCCGACGACGUGAUGCAGGAGAACCUGGCCGGCCAGUUAUGGUUCGGCGCGGAAUGCUUAGCGGCUGGAUCCUCCAUCAUGAACAGGGAAGCUGAAAGUUCAGCCAUGAGGCCGUUGGCUAAGGCUCUGACAAAGUCGCUGGAUAUCGUCAGGAAUUUGCUCAGAGAGCACGCGCUGAAAGGUCACAUGAACCUGAAGUUCAUUUUUCAGACGCAAAACCCGUUGGAUCCGUUGCUGGAGAAGCUGAUCGAGUCGUUGAAGAUCUUCGACCGACUGUUCGCCGAUUUUGAAUUGUGCUACGUAGGCGCCAUGGUACCGGUGAAAUCGACGAAGGAGUACGAACAGCAGGAACUCGUGUGCGUUUUAUUUUCGGAGACACUGCAAAGAGCUCUCGAGCGCGGAUUGCUCAGCCAGGCCGACGUGGAUAAUUACGAGCCAGCCCUGAUGUUUACUAUUCCUCGUUUGGCGAUUGUUUCCGGUCUCUUGGCCCCGCCGGGAGGCCCGUUGUGCCUCAAUUCCCCCGACAACAUUAGUGAAAUGUUUAGACCUUUUAGGACGCUUCUUCUAAAAAUAAGAGAGCUUCUGUGGACGUUAAAUAAUCGCGAGCUGUACAUGUUGGAGAAACUGUUGUGCUCGAACGAGGAACCGUCGGGUCCUAUCACGCAGUCGUCAAAGUCUGCGUGCCAGGACAUACCAGACCUGGAGGAGUUCGUUCACAAUUUUUAUACCGGUUAUCCGAACUGCAAAGACUUCAUCGUAGAUUUUUACACAGUGACGAGGAAUACGGGAAACAAUAUGGACGAGGUGGCGAACGACGUAAUUGAAACAUUGACGGAAGAGAACGUCGAUCGUUCGGCAGAGAGAAGGACCGAUCGGUUAGAGGAUAGGCACAGAGAAACGAGGAUAAAUAUCACGGAAACCGGGCCUAAUCGCGUGAGCGUUACAACGGACAGGUACGAGGAAAGUGUUGUUAGGUGCAACGGUGGCUCGAGGACAUUGUGUGAACGGGAUUGUGUCGGUAACGAAGUGCGAUACAACGUUAAGAAAUCUUACGAUUCGAACAGCAGAGGUCAAUCCUGCGACGGGAGUCCUUGCUCGAGAAGGGACGAGGAGAACGCAAGUCCUGUUUUCAUGGAGCAAGGCAGCGCGGCUCGGAACGCUGACGAGAGUAGUGUGUCCAGUACCAGCGAGAGCCAGUGCAACAAUCAUCUGCACAAGCAACAGGACGAAUUCAUGACCACGGAUAUAUCGGAGAUGCUAGGCGGCUCCGAGAACAUCGAGAUACCUCAGACGCAGUAUCUGCUCAAUCAGGUCUCGCACGAGAACAACGUGACGGGCGAGACGGUGCACAUACAGAACUCACUGCCAGACCUGGACUCGAAGAAGUUGAUAUCCGAGGCGAACAAGACCCUGUCGAACCUUCUGCUGGACGGCGACUGUCAGAACGAGAUGUCGGAGCAGACGGACUCGGGUAUCUGCACGGUGAUAUCGUCGGAGAACACCAGUCUCUACGACAAGAGCCCGGAAGAGAAGAAAACGUUCGCCAACGAGAUACACCACGACGAGCAGAACUUGGACGACGAGGACACGCAAGAGAACACCAGCUACUCUUGCUCGAAUCUCAACUCGCCCAAGAGGAAGAGCUCCACGAUCUCCGACAAUUCGUGCGUCUGUAGCCUGAGAAGCGUGAAAACCGUGUCGUCGCUGGACCAUUCCAUCGAAGUGUACAAUCUGCACUCGGCCAGCACGGAGGCCGCGAAAAACAUUCCAAGGAUAUCGUCGAACUUCGACGGAACGAACGAGGAGUUCGUCGGCGUCGCGUACGGUAACGGUCACAUAUCCGUGUGCGAUUCAAACCAGUCGAGCUUUCAGAUCAAUUACACCGAGAAUUGGGAGAAUCUGAAUCUGAACAUCGAUGCGUCCACGUCCAGGAAGGAGUUCUGGAGCGACCUGAAGUGCGAGAAUUGUCCGUCCACGUCGCAGAACAUCGGGAAGAUCGGCACGAAGAUCGAGCAGUACGCGCAGGACAAGAUGGCGUCGAGGAAAGUCAGGUACGAGAAGCAGAAGCGACGUCAUCAGCGCAAACACGAGAGGAACAACGGGCAGAUCGUUCAUCGGGCGAUGCAGGAGAGCAGAACGACAAAUUUUCCGAACGUACGGUCCGCCACGAGCACGGAGAGCUCCAGGUCGAACUCGACGGAUCGUUGCUUGAACCCCAGAUUGAUCAGCUACGGGGCCAGUUUGCAUCCUAGCCAGAACACCAGGCAAAUGCCAAACUUUGGUAGCCAUAGUCCGCGCGCCAGCCCGAGGUUGCAGCAUUUCGAGACCCGCGGCGCGCCGGCGUCCGGCCAACGAACCUGCAGCGUCGCCUCGAAGGCUCAGAGAAACUUGUCGCCGCAGAAUCGGAAGCUUCUGGAUCACAGGAGAUCCAGGUCGGAGCAAAUCAGUCGAAUGAAGAGGAGGGAUCUCGAGAAGAGGGACAAGCAGCAGGAACGCGUCAAUCCGCGCUCGGAACAGACCAAGAGGAAAUUGGGAAACAGAAGUCCGAACGAACUGAUGAACGACGGUUUGGGACCAAGGACGGACAAGAGUGGCCUGGUGACGGAGCCAGUUUCACCCAUGAUACCUCAGAACAUUUCUUACGGGACGCAGAAUGCAACAAAAGACAAUAAUACACAGAGAACCACACGAGCGAUAAGACUGGUAAACGCAUCGGCAGUCCCCGGAACACAGUCUUUCAAUACAGAUCAUUCGUUGAUUCGCAAACCGGACGUCGCGUCCAGCUCCAGUUGUUCCAGCUAUUGCGACUCGAGCUCAGAGACCAGCGAGUUCCAGAGCGACUGUCAGGACGACGAGGAGAUCGCACUGGCGAUGCAAGCCGCCGAGAUCGCGAAUAGGAAUCAGAUUCGAGCGAAAUUUCGAUCGUCGGAAGAUCUUGUCCAUCGACUGUUCGUGUGCAUAGCAGGGGUGGCUGAUCAGUUGCAGACGAACUUUGCAUCGGAUCUGCGCAAUAUUUUAAAGUGCGUGUUCCUUAUGAACAGUAGUCAAACCGUAGAGGACGGAGAGACGAAAGAUGAAAGUUUAACGACGGAUAAUCAGACGACGAGUCCUUUAAACGAUACGGGUAUCGAUCGCGAACGACAAGAUUCGUUGCAGGAAUACGAAGAGGAUUUAGAAGAGACUCCAGCAACGAAUGACCAAAAUCCUAUUUCUCCUGUAACCGAACGUGGAGAAGAGUGCGUGGAGAGGGCGCCAGCCUGGAUUCCCGACAACGACGCGCCAAGGUGUAUGGCUUGUCAGGCAGGAUUCACCGUGGUGCGACGAAGGCAUCAUUGCAGAAACUGCGGCAAGGUGUUCUGCGGUCGUUGCAGCAGCAACAACGUUCCCCUGCCUCGUUACGGUCACACAAAACCCGUAAGAGUGUGCAACAGGUGUUUUCUCUAUCAGGUGACGCCGUUCACCGUUUCCCAAGUAACGCCCGCGAGCUGAACAUUACCAGAAUACCACGGUAUAACUUAGGGAAUCGUUAUUCUUCGUUCAAUAACGUUCUUAUUAAUAUUCUCCUGACAUUGAGCCGUGUACCCGCACGCAGAUCAUUCGUUAUCCAUCUUCUGAUAGGGAUACGUUGUUUCGGUGUCCGUCGCUUAGAUAAACGUUACGAAGUAUAAUAUGUAUGUAUUAAGCAUACAUACUCGCAUACGAAGAUAUAUGGAAAAUCCAGUGGUGUGGUAUUUUUCCGAUUUUGACUUAAUCCGGACUCGUCGAACGAUCGUAGUCAGCUAGAAAACGUUGCAUAUUUGUGUAACAGGAGGCCCAAGGGCAUGUAUAAUUUUUUUUUUUUUUUUUUUUUUUUAUUUUUUUAUCGAAGAAACUCGAGUUUAAAGAAGCGAAAUUAUUUUGAAAUCUAUCAAAGAUACGAGAAAGUUUAUUAGUCGAAUGUUUCGUGGUUUUCUAUUCGAAUUCACUUGUUUACAAUAUUUUUUAUGUUCAUGAUUUUGUUCGUAGUAAAAAAACUACAUGAAACAACAUUUUACACGUCGUAUUCUCUCAUUUUUAGAGUUAAUGAGUACCUCGCAUGUGGUAAACCCUGAGUGAUAGUAUAUGUAUAUUAGGGAUUUCACGUAUAGUCAACACGUUGACUGUCAUGCCAGUUUUUAAUGUCUAGAAAUGUCUUCGACAUUUCUCAAAAUUAUAGUGACCAAAAAUAGAAAUAUUCGUUGAUUCAAUGGUGACUCGUUAUUUUAAACCAUUCCGGAUGCCAGUAGGAUUAUUUAAAAUGUUAUAAUCAUAGUCGUCGAUCAAACUUAGUGAAAAUAUUAUUUUAUAUAAUGAAAGAAAACUCACGAAUAGUAAAAGAGAUACAUCUUCUGUGAUCAGUUUGAAAAUAGAUGACGUACUGAUUUUAAAAUCGGAUUAGUUGGCCGCUAGACAUUAAGCAAACUGUAACAGAUGAAUAGAAAGAGAGAGAGAGAGAGAAACAAAAUGGUACAUACAAAAUUUAUUAACCAUUUUCCUUUUAAUCACCGCAUUGGUUCCUUCGUUUACUUUCUGAAAAAAAAUUCAUUUACAGAUCAACGGUCUCAUUCUGUAUAGAUGAAUUCAAAAUUAAGGUAUUUUUUCAUGAAAAAAUAUGUGAAUUCCACUGGGUACAGACUAAAUGUCACGAAUUCGUGCGAAACUAAUUAAAAAUAAUAGUCAAUCAAAAAUGUUUAAACUCGAGGGGUUGGAGAUCAAAAAAUAUACAUGUCCCUUAUUUUUCUCCGCUCGAUAAAUAUGUAUAUUUCAUUACGAACAGGUGUAAAUUUAUGGACUGUUCGUAGUCAAAUGUGAAUCGGAUAAAAGGAAUAAAUGAAAAAUCGAAACAAUAUCGACAUCAUCCUCGAAUUCUUUGCGUUGAUUUGUACACUUACGUGCACUUAAAUCGUAAUGUUAGAUAUAUCCGGCGUCGAUCGCAAAUAUUUUUUCACGUCGUGGUCAAACAUUUUUAAAGGAGUCGAUUUCCAAAUCGCUCGUACUGGAAUCGUACUGAAUAAAAAGAGAAAACAAAACUAAAAAAAAAAAAAAAAAAAGAAACGCAGUUGCUUUUAUCCUAGGAUAACGCGAUAUUGUACAGAAUAUUCCUUGUAUUGUAAAUCGAGUUCGUCUCUGUCUCUUUUGUCAAUUCUCUUCAUCGAAGUUCCGUUUAUAUCUUAUCUACUUCCGUUAGGUGUGUUCAUUUAAUAUAAGCAAUAGAAUGUCUCAUCGUGUCAUGCUUUGAUCGCACGAGGAUCGUUCGGUUUCUUUGUAAAUGCUGUAAUAAAUUGUGGGUGUAACUUUCGAGGUGAAUUCCGAAUGUUAGAACGACCAGAAGAUUUCUUUUCAAAUGUUUUCGCGCGUGCGAUCUUGUUUUUGAAUUACAGCCUUUUUUGUGCCUGUGUAGGGUAAAACUUUGAACCUUCGUGUAUGAUUCUUUGCGUGUAUGUGUGUUUGCACAUUUUCAUAAUGUUCUGUAAAGAGUUUUAGUUAUGCAGAUUACAUGAAAAAAUCCUAUUCCUUGUACCUUAUAAAAAAAAAAAGUGUAUUUACAAAAAGUUAGGAAAAACACGUUGAAAGCAUCCAAGAUAAACAAUAAUGAAUUUUGUAAUCUGCACUCUAUUGAAAAUUUUCAACAGUGCUUUCUAUAAGUAAUUGACAAACGACUGGUACGACACAAAAAUAGCUGCAAUUCAAGAAUAAUACCAAACAGGGAAAAAUGUUUGCAUAAGUUCUUUUUACUAAAUCCCCCCCCAAAUCGAAUUCAUCUCUAUAAUUAUGCCUACAUUGUACAAUCUGUUCUGUGUAAACACAGUGCAGCCCGUGUUCUCGACUGGAUCAGAUUUAAUCGCUUUGUGAGAAAGAGAAUAAGGACCGUCGAUGUCGUAUAAACUAUAUGUAUAAUUGCGAGAGCUGAAGAAUAUUUCGGUACAUUGCGUUGUAAAAUAGAGAUAUUUGUAUUUAUAUAUAUACAUAUACAUACGUACAUAUGUAUUUAAUUUUGGAAUAUACUCUUUUUAGGUAAACGCAGGAAUCUUUAAUAAGAUAGCUAAAAGAAAAGAAAGGUUUCAAGGAACACUGUUCGAAAGUCGACGAGAAGGGGAUUAUUAUCCGUAGACUGAUAAAGAAAAUCCUUGUAUUGCGUCUGACCUUAACUAUAUCAAACGUUCGAUCGUCAAUAGUGAUUCAAGCGAUUUUUAAAUUGUUGAUAUCAAACUAGAAAGAAGAGAUGCGUAGACAAAACGUGAUUGUAAUCGUUACCAUCGUCUCGACGAAACACUUUCGUUUCGAAUGUCGCGUCUAUCUUACGCGUUGCACAUCGUCGUAGACGAUACAUUAGCGUCGGUGUGCAUUCUAAGCAACGUUGUUGUUCGGUCACAUGCGCAUCCCCCUCCUGAGAAAAACAAAGUAGCACAGUUUAGAGCAGUGGUGGGGAACCUUCCGUCGCUGGAAGGCUGUGUAUCGCUUCAUGGAUUUCUCACAAAGCCGCACACUCAUCUACAAUACAAUUUGACGAAAUUAUAACGAGAUACUUACCUGAAUAUAAGUUAAUGCCUUUCUAGGAACCCGUAAAUCAGCGAACGAUCUUUUAAUCUACGUAUUUUUAUACGACAGUUACGAGCUAGGACUAGGAUCAGGACUACUUUGUCGAAUUUUUCUGUAUUUGAAUAUAAAUUUUAGUAGACGUUGAUUAUGAAUCAAGUAGUCCCUGUCCUGGCGCGAGUAUACGAAUACUUUGAUAUUUGAAUAACGGCGAAUAGUGAUAUUCGAAGUA